AUGCCUAACUUUUAAUUGCUUUUUCUGCCUGUAGUUAAAGAGCAGGUUUCCCCACAGAAGGAGAAACAUGCCGUAAAGGUAGCAGGACAAACUCCCCAUGGCCGAUCUGGCUUCAGUGAUGGCAAUUCAAAAUGGCUGGCUCCAGCCAAAGCCAAGAAAGCCUCAUCUAAAGGAAACAAUGUGGAGUUAUCCAGCGAUGGUGAGGUGGAAGAGGGCAACUGGGAGAUGGAGGACGAGGAUGGGAGCAGCGAGGAGAUGGUAGAUGAUUACGGUGCUUCAUCAUCAGAGGAAGAAGAGUUGCUGCCCAUUGAAAAAGCUGCCCUGAAGCGGAAGUCUGACAGGGCAGGCCUCAGUGAAGAUGACAGUGAAGAGGAGGAGGAGGAGGAGACAGAGGAGGCGGUAGAGGAGGCAAGCAGGCAGAAAACAGGGCAGAAGGAGGAAGAGAGCCCGGAUCUGCAGCUCAACCUGGAUAUAGAUGAGCAAUUUAAACUGCCAACUAAUGAACAGAUUGAGAGAGAGACUGCUGAGCCGCCUGACCUGCACAUCAUUCACCAGCGCAUCAAGGGCAACAUGGAGGUGCUGCAGGACUUUGUGGUGAAGCGGGAGGAGGGACGCACGCGACAGGAGUACCUUGCAUUGUUGCGCCGGGACAUGGCUGCCUACUAUUCCUAUAGUGACUUCUUGCUCGUGAAGCUCAUGGACAUCUUCCCACUCCCUGAGCUGAUAAACUUCCUGGAAGCCAAUGAGGUUCCCCGCCCUGUGACCAUUCGCACCAACACACUCAAGACGCGGCGACGGGACCUGGCGCAGGCUCUAAUCAACCGUGGCGUGAAUCUCGACCCCUUGGGGAAGUGGUCGAAAACAGGACUUGUUAUUUAUGAUUCCUCAGUGCCCAUCGGUGCCACCCCAGAGUAUCUGGCUGGGCACUACAUGCUGCAAGGAGCCUCCAGUCUCCUCCCUGUCAUGGCUCUGGCUCCACAGGAGAAUGAACGCAUCCUGGAUAUGUGCUGUGCCCCAGGAGGCAAGACCAGCUACAUAGCUCAGCUUAUGAAGAACACAGGUAUGAUCUUGGCCAAUGACAGCAACGCCGAGCGGCUACGUAGCGUGGUAGGGAACUUGCAUCGGCUGGGAGUCACCAAUGCUGUAGUGAGUAACUGCGAUGGACGCCAGUUCCCCAAGGUGCUUGGAGGGUUUGAUCGUGUCUUGCUUGAUGCUCCUUGUAGCGGAACAGGUGUCAUUUCCAAGGAUCCUGCUGUCAAAACCAACAAGGAUGAGAAAGACAUCCUGCGCUGCGCUCACCUGCAGAAGGAGCUGAUUCUUAGUGCUAUAGAUUCAGUCAAUGCUGCCUCAGAGACAGGGGGCUACAUUGUCUACUGCACUUGCUCCAUCAUGGUGGAGGAGAACGAGUGGGUUGUGGAUUAUGCCCUGAAGAAACGCAACGUUCGUUUGGUAGCCACAGGCCUGGACUUUGGCAAGGAAGGCUUCACUAGGUUCAAGGACCGUCGCUUCCACCCUUCCCUCAAGUCUACGCGGCGUUUCUAUCCCCACACGCACAAUAUGGAUGGGUUCUUCAUUGCCAAGUUCAAGAAAUUCUCUAAUGCUAUCCCUCAGGCGCAAAAAGAUGAAGAAUCUGCUGUGGAAGCAGCAACUCCAUCCACUGUUCCUGAUACCAUCAUGGAGCCCCAGCCAAAAAAGAAGAAACUUGAGGUAUCAAAAGUUGACAAAGAGCAGAAGCCGCCACAGCCUGCUUUGAAGAAGAAACAUUCAUUGCAGGCACAGAGGAGACCCUUGAAGGCUGGCCGGCCUUCUCCCAAAAUGAUGCGCCCUCAAGUCCCUACCAGGAAGAAGCAUAGAGUGAAAUUGAAUGGACAGUGAGAGGAACUGCAUUUCCAGGUGUUGGCCUCCUCCUUGGAGAGCAAAGGGUGGAGGCUGCUGCAGCUAUGUGCGUACCACCUUGUUUUUCCUGCUCUGUGCAGAUAAUCUCUGCAGCACUGAGCGCCUGGGACAGCUAUAGCCCCGUUUGCUCCUUUCCCUCUGCAUCAAGGACUGAUGCACUGACCCAUUAAAAGUUUUAUACUCUUGCU